GGGAAGGAAAGGGAAGGAAGGAAGAAGCCGGUUAACGACGUCACAAGCGCCGUCGCGAGGAGCCCUUCGCUGCCGUCUGGGGAAGAGAGGGGAACGCGAAGGCGGCGGCGGCGGCGAGGCCUGAGCCGCAGGAGGGGCGGUGGAGGAGGGAGAAGAUGGCGGACGAUCCCAGCGCUGCCGACAGGAACGUGGAGAUCUGGAAGAUCAAGAAGCUCAUCAAGAGUCUCGAGGCGGCGCGCGGCAAUGGCACCAGCAUGAUAUCAUUGAUCAUUCCCCCCAAAGACCAGAUUUCACGAGUGGCAAAAAUGCUAGCUGAUGAGUUUGGCACAGCCUCAAACAUUAAAUCUCGAGUGAAUCGCCUUUCAGUCCUUGGCGCCAUUACAUCUGUACAGCAACGGCUAAAACUUUAUAACAAAGUACCUCCGAAUGGUCUGGUUGUUUACUGUGGAACAAUUGUGACAGAAGAAGGAAAAGAGAAGAAAGUCAACAUUGAUUUUGAACCUUUCAAACCAAUAAAUACAUCAUUGUAUUUGUGCGAUAAUAAAUUCCAUACAGAGGCCCUUACAGCACUACUGUCAGAUGACAGCAAGUUUGGCUUUAUUGUAAUAGAUGGUAGUGGUGCACUCUUUGGAACUCUUCAAGGAAACACCAGAGAGGUGCUGCACAAGUUCACAGUGGAUCUCCCAAAGAAACACGGAAGAGGAGGUCAGUCGGCCUUGCGUUUUGCUCGUUUGAGAAUGGAGAAGCGGCACAACUAUGUAAGAAAAGUAGCAGAAACAGCUGUACAGCUGUUCAUCUCUGGCGACAAGGUGAACGUGGCUGGUCUCGUGUUAGCUGGGUCAGCUGACUUCAAAACUGAACUAAGUCAGUCAGACAUGUUUGAUCAGCGGUUGCAGUCCAAAGUACUAAAGCUAGUUGACAUCUCAUAUGGUGGUGAAAAUGGAUUCAAUCAAGCAAUUGAAUUGUCCACUGAGGUCCUGUCUAAUGUGAAAUUCAUUCAAGAAAAGAAACUAAUAGGCCGAUACUUUGAUGAAAUCAGUCAAGACACAGGAAAGUAUUGUUUUGGUGUUGAAGACACUCUAAAAGCCUUAGAAAUGGGAGCAGUAGAGAUCCUGAUAGUUUACGAGAACCUGGAUAUAAUGAGAUACGUUCUCCAUUGCCAAGGCACAGAAGAGGAGAAGAUUCUCUAUUUGACACCAGAACAAGAAAAAGAUAAAUCCCACUUCACAGAUAAAGAGACUGGACAGGAACAUGAGCUGAUAGAAAGCAUGCCUCUUCUCGAGUGGUUUGCUAAUAACUACAAGAAAUUUGGAGCCACGUUGGAAAUUGUGACAGACAAGUCACAGGAAGGAUCUCAGUUUGUGAAAGGAUUUGGAGGAAUUGGAGGUAUCUUGCGGUACCGAGUGGACUUCCAGGGAAUGGAAUAUCAAGGAGGAGACGAUGAAUUUUUUGACCUUGAUGACUACUAGGUAGUCGACCUGGGUCUGGCAAAACGUGCCUCACCCCUCCAGCAUCCAACCCAAGGAGAAAACUCACGAUGGAAAACAAAAACAGAUCCCUGCCUUAGAAUUGGAGUAUUUCCAGAACUUUAUCCAGAACACCGGGUUUAAAAAAAAAGAAAGAAGCAAACCCUACUGAUUUGUCAUAGUGUCAGUACAGCAGCAAUCUACUAAGUUUCUAUAAUGCCAUUUUGGACUAAUUUAAACAAAAUCCCAGUUUUUACUUUUACUUAAUGGUGAAAUUGGUUGCUCUUGUAUUUUAUGAAAAUGAUUUUUUUAACCUUCAUGCUACAUUAACUGCUGUCAACCUUCAUUUGAAAAAAAUUAAUAGAAAGAUUAUACUGGUUUGUUUCUUAUUUUGAUUGGAGGCAAUCUCUUGCUGCGUUUUGCAGUGACAUGACCCAUUUACAUGGCGUUCUUGGCUUAGACGGCAGAAGAAGAACUUUAGGGAGCUGUUGCUCCCAUUGUUCUCAGACUACAAUGGUGGAAGUAAAAGGAAUUGAACUCUAUGGCAUGCCUGCUUGGAAGGUGUGACUUACAAAUUCAGGCAGUCUGGGGAAUCCAUCCAUUUCAUUCUUAGACUGCAAAAGCACUGCUUGUAUAAAUCAGGAAGUAUGUUUCAUGAACGGCAAUUGAAAUGCCAGGGUCUCGGCAAACUUGAUUGGGAUUAUGAGUUGUGUGGCCUUCACUUUUCCCUCCUGUCAGUCAAUAAUAAACAGUUUCCACAAGCAAGCUAAUACUACUUACGCUUGGUUCUAUUCUUUACUAGGGUCUGGGUUUUUUUUUUUUAGUUUUGCUUUGGGACUGCGUCAGCUGCCUUGGUGGAUCAACGUCAAAAUUUCGCAAACUGCUUUAGAUGCAAGUAGCUGGCAAGAAACGUGACUGGCGUAAACCUUGGCACUGGUGGCUGUGAAGCUUCUGUUGAAAUGAGUUAAGAUUUUUUUAGAAGCUUGGUGCCAAAGGUUCACAUUCAACACUGUGGCAUAGCUCAUGCAAGGCAUAUAGCUCACUUCCCUGCAUUCCCCUGGGACUGGCUGGUUUUCUAAAGGAUACUCUGAUAUUUUAGUGCCUAGCUCUGUUCAUUUUCCUCUUGUCAUUCUUGUAUUGGUCAAACGCUCCGCAACUUGCAGGUUUUGCAUAUCGUUCCAGUAAUCCUGUCUCACUUGAAUCGAAGGGAGAGUUUGUCUUAACUAAGCCUUCUCAUCACAGUGUAUACUUAAAAGAGGUCCAAAAUGACUUUCUGUCAACGUGAGCAAUAGAAUUUGUAUCUUUUUAUAACUCAGCAAGCAGGCAGUGUGCGUGGGUGUCCACAAGAUGUGUCCACACGGGGUGGAAUUGUUUACAGAAGCCCUUUGUGAGUCUGAGUAUGCAAUUUGAUUUGCAGAACGCCUGAUCACAAGCAUCUGUGUGCUCUUCAAAGCAGUACACUUUGAUUUUGCCAUUGUAAAUGGGUCUGCUAUGACAUGACAAGAGCAGAAAAAUUGGGUGUAAAUUUACAUUUUUGAAUAUACUGCUUGUUUCACAUUUAGGGUAUGCAGCUCCUUUUUUUUGUAGUUUUAUUUUUACUAUUUAAGUUUGGAAAUGAUGCCAAAUUUUUGUAUCUCUUUAAUCAAUGUGUUAUCUCUGGUGAUAUAUAUUGCAUUAUAUAUUGAUGUAUAUAUCAAUAUAUACUGAUAUGUAUUACACUUACACAGACACAUUAAAAGGGUGAGAAUCCUAGCCUUUUGCAUACUACAUAGCCUCUUCAGAGAGCUCCCAAGCAGUGAUAUCUUGGUGUUGUGAUGUACAGAAAUGGAGAAGAGUAUUAAACCAUAUUUAAGAAUA